AUGGGAGCGACGAAUCGACCGUACGAUGUGGACAACGCGAUUUUGAGACGAAUGCCGGCACGGUUCUACGUUCCUUUGCCGGAUACGAACUCUCGUGCCGAAAUUCUGAGGGUAUUGCUACGAGACGAGCCGAAGAGCAGUAAAAUAGAUUUCGAGAGGGUGGCGGGUAGGGCGGGGGGGAUGAGUGGGUCGGAUUUGAAGGAGGUGUGUAGGUUGGCGAUGUUGAGGGGGGUGAAGAGUGCGAUCGCGGGGGGGUAUAGCUUAUAUAACGAAGCGGCAAGGCAGAUAGAGGAGGAGGAUUUGAUAAAUUCGAUAGCGAAGUACAGAGAGAGCACGAGCUCGAUGAAGGCGCCGUUAUUUAUUAAUGAGGCGUUGGAUUGA